AUGACGCGUAACCAAGCUAGUCAAAAUACUACCAACAACAACACGCGUACGUCGCUGUAUGUUGCUCAUCUUAACGUCAGAAGUCUAAGAUAUAAAGUAGACGACAUCAAAAUGCUCCUUCAAGAACACAAGUACGACAUUCUGGCAAUCACCGAGACAUGUCUGGACAGUUCUGUACUAAACAAACAGCUUGCCAUUGACAACUACAGACUACUGCGGCGAGAUAGACAUGGAGGAUCAGGCGGUGGAUGUGCAUUUUAUGUUGCAAACCACUUAUCUGUACAACAUCAAAAAUGCUUUGACUACAGUAACAUCGAAGCAAUUUGGAUUAAAGUAAGGGCUGGUGCGUCAAUGGUGCUUAUGGGAGUUGUGUAUAGACCACCAAGUGAUAACGAAYUUUUCUCCAACUUCGCCCAACCUCUGGAGAGGAUCUGGCUAAAACAACAAAACAUAGUCAUACUUGRCGAUCUGAACUGCGACUUAUACAACAAGAAAACCGGUACUGCAGGACAUCUURGAAAUAAACUAUCAAAUCUUCUGAAUCAGUUCGGCAUGCAAGUCUGCAACGACACGCCAACAAGAGUCACCCUCAAUACUGCAACACUGAUUGAUCUAGUGAUAUCCAAUAAAGUUGGUCUGGUCAAAUCCACUGGAACUAGAGAACUUGGUAUUUCAGAUCACAAGCUUGUUUACGCCAGCCUCGACGCCAAGAUAAGACGCCCGCCUCCCAAGAUCAUCAGGGCGCGUAACUAURAGAACUUCRACCAGACAGAMUUCCAAAAAGAUUUAGAAGAUGCACCAUGGUCUGUUUGCCACGCGUUUGAUGAUCUUGACGACACAUAUUGGGCCUGGACAAAAUUAUUUGGAGACAUCUGUGAAAAACAUGCACCUUUCAGCAGAAGCUUUAAAGUGCGCAGCCAGUCACUGCCAUGGAUAACACCUAUGAUCAGACACAAAAUGAAUCAAAGAUACAAGACCUACCAUCAAGCCAUCAAGUUCAACGACCCCAUCUUAUGGAAAAAGUACCGAGAAAUGAGGAACCAAUUGACGACAGAGGUUAGGAAAGCAAAAGCUGAAUACUACAAACAACUGUUUGAUAAAGUUAAGGACACCAAGAGCUACUGGAAACUGGUCAACGAAUCAUCAUCUCGUUCCAAGAGUUCAUCUCCUAUUAACGUUAUCAGACGUGAAGACAACACCCUAGCUACAGAAAACCAGGAAAAAGCUGAAAUUCUGAACCAACACUUCUCUACAGUAGGAGAAUUAUUGGCCUCUGAGUUACCACCAARACAACCAGAAGCAGAUCAUGUAGCCACAUAUACUAGCCAAACUCAACCACUGUUCCUGCCCACCAUUAAUGUGACUUGUGAGAUCAUCCGUCAACAAGUCUCUAAACUCAAAUCAUCUAAAUCCAUGGGUUUAGACAACGUGUCUCCMAAAUUACUAAAACUCGCAGACAACGCUAUAGCACCAUCUUUGACUGACAUCUGCUACAAAUCU